UGCUAUUAAAUACUACUUUAACAUCGGACUUAAGUAUAGAGAUAUUAUAUCCGUUCUUUUUCUGAGACAUAACAUCUCACUAAGUGUUAGGCAUCUUAUUCGAAUUCUUCACAGAAAUGGUUUAUAUAGGAAGAGAAAUACAGGCGAUAUUUUGGAAGCUGUUAACUUUAUUUAUGAACAACAAAGCACAUCUGGUUCUUUACAUGGGUACAGGUGGAUGUACGAAAAGUGUAGAAGAAUGGGUUUCAAGGUAAACAAGGAAGAUGUGCGUUGUUUACUCUCAAUAUUUAACCCUGAAAAUGUCGCGCUUCGACAACGACAUCGACUUCAAAGACGACGGUACACAUCAAAAGGACCAAACUAUAUAUGGCAUAUGGACUCUUAUGACAAAUUACGUCCAUUUGGAAUUUGCAUUAACGGGUGUAUAGACGGAUAUUCUAGAAAAAUUAUAUGGUUAAACGCCUAUUUUACAAGCAGCGACCCGUCUGUGGUGGCAUCAUAUUACACAGAGAGUAUUAAAGAGCUUGGUGGUUGUCCUACGAUAGUGCGCGCCGAUAUGGGGACUGAAAACGGUAUAGUGUGUGAAUUUCAAAGGUAUUUACGACAAGACGACACGGACAGUUUUCAAGGAGACAAAAGCUUCCUCUAUGGGAAAAGCGUCUGUAAUCAGAGGAUUGAAUGCUGGUGGGGUAUGUUUCGGAAAGAGUGUGCUGAAUAUUGGAUUAGACGUUUCAAGGAACUUAGAGAUAAUGGUGACUUCGACGGAACUUUUCUUGACAAGAACUUGAUCUUGUUUUGCUUUCUUCACAUACUACAGUCUGCCUGUGUAGUGCAAUUCAAGCUACCUCAGAAUAAAAUGAAGUGUUUGUUUCAGACCGAGUUGGAUUCUACUACCGAUGUCUGGAACAAUCAUUUGAUUCGACCGUCUAGAGUAGGAACAUCACCGCACGGUAGACCGAAUGUCUUGUACACAGUUCCGGAGCUUUGUAAUACUAGAAACUAUUUGUGCAUCAAGUCAGAAGAUGAAAUAGACAUAUGCAAUGACCUUGUUGAACAUCGAACAACCGUUCCGUGCGAUGUAGAUGUAUAUAAUUGGUGCAUUAACUUCAUGUCAGAAAAUAAUUUGUAUCUUACACUGGAGCCGAACGAUGCAUUUAAUUUAUAUUUGACACUUAGACGAUCUAUUCACCAGAUUAUAGACUGAACUGAUAAGUAAACAUGCAUUGCAUGGUGGGACAUUUACUGGAGCAGAUGGAUGAGUUGUUUGUUUUACGGACAGUUCAUAGGGUGAAGCUUUACAGGAACAUUUCUGUUAUUAACCUUGGGCCAAGUCGGCUGAAUCAUUUACGUUAUGGCUUGAGUCUAUGGAGUGUAUUAAAAAUGGAAUGAAAAUCA